AAAUGGAAUGCAGAGGGUGAGCCCGCGGCGGGAAGAGGCAGGAAAAAAAAUGGACGAAACCCUUAAGUGUUUAAACCUCGCUUAAGAGACGUUUUCAUCGCUGCUGCGCCGAUCCAUGAGGAAAACCCCCUGUUAAAUAUUGCCCCCUGUCACUCCCGAGGGGUUUUCAGCGCGAUCCUGAGAUUUUUUUUUGUUUUGACUGUCACAUCGAACAAAGUCCACACAGUCGCAUUUUUUUUUUUAGCCAUUUGUAUUCUCCCCCUCACACCAGUUUGCAGGAUGCCCGAGAUCAAGCUCCAAUAUGUCGUGUCGUGUAGCAGUGAAGACACGACUCAUAAAGCUGACAACCUGUUAAAGCCAGACACCUACAGGAAAUGGAAGUGUUCUGAUCUUGGUGAGAAACAGGCUUCUGUCAUCCUCCAGUUUGAGAAAGCAGAAUACAUACACGGCAUUGACAUUGGAAAUGAGGGUUCUGCGUUUGUGGAGGUCUUGGUUGGCAACUCGACUUCAGCCUGUGAGCAGGAUUUUGAGGUCAUCCUCGUAUCCUCGUUCUUCAUGUCUCCAACGGAGAGCCGGAAUGGUACACCCCUCAACAGGGUCCGCAUGUUUGGCACUGACAAGCUGGCCAAAGCCACCCUGGCUAAGAAGUGGGAUCGUGUUAAAGUGGUCUGCACACAGCCCUACAACAAGAAUUUAGCAUACGGCCUGUCGUUUAUCAGAUUUUACUCUACUCCACAAGACACAGAGAAACCAGCUGGAUCCUCCUCACCGCAGAAGAUCACCAAACUGGGUCAGUUUGUGGUGAAGGAGGAGGAAGGCAGCAGUGACAGCCUAAAGCCAGGCAGCUUGUUCUUUAGCCGGACAAGUGGACCCCAGCUAAGCCAGCCUGCAGCCACAUCUGCUCUGACAGCGAGUGACAAGCCAGCGGCGAGCUACGCAGCAGCAGCGUUGCAGGCGAGUGGUGUCACAUCUCUGAGCUCCUCGAUCACAGCGAAGGAGAAACCGGCGAUGACCGGACCCAGCGCGCCAUCUGCAAAGCAACCGACACCAGUAAAAAGGAAGUUUGAGUUCCCAAAAGAGAGGAUGGGAAGCCUUCCGGUCAAAAAGGAGAACCCUGGGGAAGGAUCUGAAUCUGCGAGCAAGAAAACAAGCCCGCCACUAUCCACAACGAAGAGAAUCAAAGCUGAACCCAACGUCUCUCCGCCCCCUUUGAACACUGGCCCCCUCACCCCCUCGCAGCCGGGUGCCUCCAGGAAAACUCUGUCCCUGCAGAAGAAGGCGAAGAAACAUCGAAAGGGGGCUGGUGAGCCAGUCGAGUUCCACCGCAUCCUGGAGGGAACCAUCUUCGUCCUGAGCGGCUUCCAGAAUCCCUUCCGCUCAGAGCUAAGGGACAAGGCUCUGGAAAUGGGGGCCAAGUACCGGAGCGACUGGUCACCCGACAGCACCCACCUCAUCUGCGCCUUUGCGAACACUCCCAAGUACGCCCAGGUCAAGUCGCAAGGGGGAUGUGUGGUCCGAAAGGAUUGGAUCUUGGACUGCUACAAGAAGAAACAGAGACUGUCCCACAAACGAUACCUCCUGGAUGGCCCAGAGUCGAGCAGUGAGGAGCAGGAGGAGGAUGAGGAUCUAACGAGCAGCCUGUCGGCUCAGCCUGAAGCUGUUGCAGAUAGGAAGGUCACCCCAGAAGGGUCUCACAUGCUGCCAGCCAAGGCGCAGAGAGUCACCCCCAGGCAGGAGCCUCCGCGAACAGGCAAAACUGACCCUGGGGCCAGCUCGUCGAGGAGCCACCCCAGGCCAGUCACUCCGGAUGAAGACUACGGAGGGUCCACGGAUGAAGAUUUACCAGUUACUGGGAAGAGUUUUGAUGAUGAUUCUGGCUGUGAUACUGAGGAUGAACUCAAAAGAGUCCAGGAGUACCAUCAGAAGCAGCUGAGGGCCACCAAGGAAGAGGUCGAUCCUUAUGCUGGCUCAACCGAUGAAAAUACAGACGUGGAGGAGAGUGUCUCUGGAGAUGUUGAUCUCUCCAUCCCUGAACUGCCAGAUCUCUUUCUUGGGAAGCACUUCCUCCUGUAUGGUGAGUUCCCUGAUGGUGAGCACCGGAUGUUGAGCCGCUACAUCACCGCCUUCAACGGGGCCCUGGAGGAGUACAUGAACGACUCUGUAAACUACGUGAUCACUGCUGAGGAGUGGGACGACAGAUUUGAUGAGGCUCUGACGGAGAAUUCAAACCUGGCCUUUGUCAAGCCGCGAUGGGUGUACGUAUGCAAUGAGAAGCAGAAAAUGGUGCCUCACCAGCCAUACGUAGUGGUCCCUCAGCUAUAGUGGCUCGAAGCCCGUCUCCAGUUGGACAAUGAAGUUGGAGGGAGGGCCCUGGGGCUGAAGACUGAGGGGUAGAGCCUCCAGCAUCAUAGCAUCAGAUCUGUCAGACUACCGUGCCGGCUGAGCAUGCAUGAGGAAACAGAAAGUUAUUGUGGCAAUGAGGGAGGCCACUCAGUCCAUUGAGUUCAUUCUAGCUCUGUGUAAAAUGAUCCAGUUAAUCCUGUUGCUCAAACCAUGUCACCUUGCAAGUUUAUUUCCGUUGUGUGUCUAUUAAACUUCUUUUUGAAGCCAUUCAUCACCUCUGCUUCCCCCACCUUUCAAAGGCAGAGAGCUCCUAUUCAUUUUUCUUCACAUUCCCUGCCUUUGCCUUUUUCCUAAAAACCUGAAAUCUCUGCCUUCCCCCAGUCCCUCCUAACGAGAGCAGCUUUUCUUUGUCCACACCUUUUUGUAUCUGUUGUUCUGGACACUUGUACCUGGACCGCUGUCUGUCAGUUUCACUCCCAGGAGAGCCGACCCUGGCUCAUCCAGACUAAGCCUGCCCCUGAAAUCUGUCUCCUAAACUGCUCUUGUGAUGAAUCUCCUCUGCUGCCUCUCAUGCCUCUCAUUCCUUCUCCAGGAUAAGAAAUUCCAGAAAUGAAAAACAUCUUCCCUCCUUAAGGCUAUUUUGGAUCAGCCUGUAUCGAGGUGAGAGGUCUAAACUGAGCUCACGCAGUCUGCAGUGCUGCCAACCUUGAUUUGAAACUGUCCAAAUCUGUCUCAUUUGAUAGGUUUUGUUGUUUGACUCUUUUUUCUUGUAAAUAAACCAGAUGUGUUUGCUUAAAUCCCUGAAGGGGUUAUUUGAAGCUGAGAAA